GCCCACUUGGCUCCGGAGCGGCGGAGACAGAGCGGCCGGGCUGAGCCCCCACCCGCCGCACUGCCCCCCACACUCCCCCGCGGUACACGCGCCCCCGCGCCGCCCAGACGCCGGCCGAGCCCGGCCCACCUGUUGCCGCUGCCCCGGUCAUGCCGGCGGCCUCCCCGCGCCGCCCAAUGCGGCUGCUGCUGCGGUGACCACCCCGCGCGCCCCGGCCGCGGCCGAGGAUGGGCCCCGAGCGCUGAGCCGGCGGCAGACGCGGGGCCGGGAGGAUGAGCCACGCGGGCAGCCCGGGGAGAGCCUACGACUUCCUGCUGAAAUUCCUGCUGGUGGGCGACAGCGACGUGGGCAAGGGCGAGAUCCUGGCGAGCCUGCAGGACGGAGCCACCGAGUCCCCCUACGGCUACAACAUGGGUAUUGAUUAUAAGACGACAACAAUACUUCUAGAUGGCCGUCGAAUAAAACUACAGCUCUGGGAUACAUCGGGGCAAGGGAGAUUCUGUACCAUAUUUCGUUCCUACUCAAGAGGUGCUCAGGGGGUGAUACUAGUAUAUGACAUUACAAAUCGUUGGUCAUUUGAUGGUAUUGAUCGAUGGAUAAAAGAGAUAGAUGAGCAUGCUCCUGGCGUACCUAAAAUCCUGGUUGGAAAUCGCCUUCAUUUAGCCUUCAAGCGUCAAGUCUCUACUGAACAAGCACAAACCUAUGCCGAGAGAAUAGGCAUGACUUUUUUUGAAGUCAGCCCACUCUGUAACUUUAACAUUACAGAGUCUUUUACUGAACUGGCAAGGAUUGUGCUAAUGAGACAUGGGAUGGACCGGCUCUGGAGGCCAAACAAGGUACUAAGUCUGCAAGAUCUUUGUUGCCGUGCCAUAGUUUCCUGUACACCUGUGCAUCUUGUUGACAAGCUGCCUCUCCCUGUUGCCUUAAGAAGCCAUCUCAAAUCUUUCUCUAUGGCCAAUGGUCUUAAUGCCAGGAUGAUGCAUGGACGCUCCUACUCUCUUACUUCGAGCAACAACAAGAGGAACAGCCUAAAGAAAGCUAAAAUUAUCCGUCCACUACAGAGCCCACCCAAAAACUAUACACGAAACAGCUGUAAAAUUUCCUGAAUCUGAAAUGGGCAAAAACAGAGUGGAAUCUCCUCACAAGGAGUGUUGAACACAAGAACUCUUGUUUUUAAUAGUUGAGCAUACUCUGCAUAUGUACCACACUUACAUAGACAAAAUAAGAAAAAUCUUAUUUUAGAGCUUGCUCACCAUCAUAAUGCUGCUUUGGGAUGAAUGAUAAGUUCAGUGCAACUGAAAAGGAUGUGACACUUUGCUGUUGGACUUUAAUAUUUCAAGUUUUGAUGUGCAUGAUGCCCUUGGUUUUUUUAGGUGUAUUUUUAUAAAGGGAAUAAUCAUAGUAUUGAGUUCUUAAUUUCAUGAAAUCUUGAAGUGACUUUAUUGCGUGAUUAUAUCAAAUCCUGUUUAGCUGCAAACUUUAUUUGCAAAGAGGCAAAAGUGAGUAUAUUUGAUUUGCAUAUUCAGGCAAAGGUUUUUUUAAAUGCAAUGUAUUGUAUACAUUGUAAACUACACAAAUAGUGAGAAAUUCUAGUAAUAUUGCAGUUGUGCGCCUAUUUUUUUGUACAUUUUCCUUGAUAACCUUGAAGCACUAAUUUAACGAAGCUGCAAACAUGUACAUAGAACAUUAUGCACAUACACAACAAGGUUUUGUCCGUUAGUGUAUGAAACAGAUUUGAUAAAGUUUUUGGUAUGUUAUUUAAUACUUUUGGGAUUAAUCUGUGGUUUAUAUGCUUAUUUUUCUGUAUAUCUACAUUUUUUGUACCAGAUGUUCUAUAAGAUAGUUAUAGGAAGAAAAUGCCAAAGACACUAUUCGUAACAGCUGUAAGAAGAAUGUGUUUGAAGUGCUGCUUUAUAAGGAAAGAAUAUUAUUUAAAAUAAAUGUAUCUGGAAGUGUGAA